CCUGAGGCGCAUCGCGGUCGCCAUGGCGCUGUGCGGCCGCUCCGCGCUCCUCCCGCCGCCCCCGCGCCACCGCGCCCGGCCCCGCAACCCCGCCGCCUCCGUCAGCUGCAGCCGCCUCCGAAACAUUCAGAGUAUCCUGACACAGAGCAGCAAAUCCCAGCCUGAUGGAAUCCUCUGCAUUUUAGGGAUAGACAGUCGAUACAAUGAAGGCUGCAGGGAGCUGGCAAACUACCUUCUCUUUGGCUUAUACAACCAGAACAACAAUGACUUUGAGAGGACAGGCUUUCCUGAGGAGGUGCUUGAUGAUAUAAUCAUAUUAAUCAAACCUGACAGUGUUCAUCUGUACUGCAACCCUGUGAAUUAUAACCAGCUCCUGCCCUAUGUGGCUCACUGGAGGAACCUGCAUUUUCACUGUCUCACUGAAAAUGAGUAUGAAGACGAAGAAGCCGCAGAGGAAUUCAAGAUCUCCAGCUUUGUGGACAUGGUCCGGGACUGCAGCCGGAUCGGGAUUCCCUACAGCUGCCAGGGUCACCUGCAGAUAUUUGACAUGUUCAUCGUGGAGAAGUGGCCGAUCGUUCAGGCCUUUGCUCUGGAGGGGAUCGGGGGCGACGGCUUCUUCACCAUGAAAUACGAGUUGAUGGAUGUCAGCGUUGAUUUGUGGAAGACCUACAGCAAAAUGGAUCCUGUCUCCUUGGAGGAUUUGCUCUUUGAGGAUUUAAUGAUUUUUGAACGCCAGUGGACCAACUUUUUUGCAAAUUUUGACACCGAAAUUCCCUUCAUUCUGGAACUCUCGGAAUCUCAGGCAGGGGAGCCCUUCAGAAGUUAUUUCAGCCAUGGCAUGAUCUCAAGCCACAUAACAGAUAACAGCCCCAGCCGGCAGCCCUUUGUCCUGUUUGGCAGCCACUCCACCAAGGAAAACUUGAACUCUGGUAACUUUAAUUUUCCAUCAGAAGGACACCUUGUUCGAAACACUGGCCUUGGUGGGAGCACUGCCAAGCACAUGGUAGUGCAGUGUGUGUCUCCCAAGGGACCUCUGGCUUGUUCAAGGACCUAUUUUUUUGGGACCAGUCACGUUCCUUUCCUGGGAAACGACAACGAGGUGCACAAGGAAGCUGAUCAAGUUGCUCUGUUGUCGCAAAUCUAUUCUGCUGUUGUAGAGGCUGUGCUUGCUGGCAUUGAGUGCUAUGCUAAAACUUCCACUGAAUCCAAGGCAAAGGAGGUGGCAGAGCAGGUGCUCAUGGCUGUGUUAGACACCCUUUGCUUGACACAGCUCAAAUCUGCUUUACGCUCCAAAAUUGCUUUUCAAAUUCAGGCUGUGAACAAUCAUGGAAGAAUUACCCCCUUAGAUAACGAGGACAGCCUGAGUUUGAUCAAAACGGCGUCCAUGAUGGUGUUUGACAUUCCCGACUUGCUCACGGGAAGAGGAUGUUUGGGAUCUGUUGUGUUUUCAGAGUCCUUUCUGACAUCACAGAUACAAGUCAAAGAAAAAGAUGGCAGCAUUACUCCAGAAACCAGCCACCUUGUCCUGACUGCAGGAAUCCCGAGGUUCACAUCCUGGCUGGUUGAAGACAGUGAUGUGAAACUCUCUGAAAAGGCACAGCAGGCGUUGAAGGAGGAUAAAUCUUUCCUGGGCACUUUACUCACUGGAGGGGAUGGAGUGUAUCUUUGUUCCAGCAAUCCACAGGCCAUGCCUGCAGAAGGUAAACUGCACUUCUUUUCUGAUGGCAUCCUCUUUGCUCAUCCCCACCACGGCAGCAUUUCCAUCUCCAAGAAGCACAUGAGUUCCAUCUCCCUCUAUGAUGGGGAUUCGAACAGUGUUGUUGCUGCUCUCUUCAUAGACUUCAAAAGUUCCCUGCUUCCUCACCUCCCAGUUGAAUUCCAUACCCAGAACAACUUUCUGAUGAUUGCACUUUUCCCCAAAAGAAAGAUUUAUAAAGCUUUUUACUCACAGGUUUUCUCCUCGUGGCAAAACCAGACAAGCUCAGGAUUAUCUUUAAGGGUUGUCCAGGAAGAAUUCCUGUCUGUGGAACAAAAGAGAAUGCAUUCCAGUGUUCAGAAGCUCUUUAAUGCCUUGUCUUUUCCUUCUGGGGAAAGAUGCAGGGAGCUGAAAUUAUCCGCUGCCCUUCCAGAACUGGAGAGGUUUGUGAGACAUUUCACCAUCAGCAGCGUCAGCAACAAGCCAGUGGUGAGGGCACAUCUCCCUGUUUUGUUGCAACAGUCAGAAACCACUCCUGAGAGCAAAGCAGAGAGUGAGAAGGUGAUCAUCACCAUCCUCACUGGGCUCCCAGGGUGUCGUUCCAGUGAUCUCUGUGCUUUCCUCGUCACCUUUACCAAGGAGUAUGGAAGGUGGAUUGUUUAUAGGCAAACCAUGGAUAGUCCAGAAUGUUUCAGUGCCACCCACUUCCAGAGGUACCUGUCCGGGGUCCUGGAGGCUCAGCAGAACCUCGGGGGCCGUCAGUCCAUGUUCUCCAAAAAGAACAAGAGGCUCCUGGUGGUCCUGCAGGGAUACACUGACGUUAUUGAUGUUGUACAAGCUCUGCAGACUCACCCUGACCCAGAUGUGAAAUCUUCCUUCCUCAUUGGAGCAGUGAACACCUGUGUGGAGCCCCUGAGCUGCUACAUGGAGCACAGGCUUCUUUUUCCCAAGUUCUUGGACCAGUGUUCCCAAGGACUAGUGAGUAAUGUGGUUUUCACAAGUCAUGCUACAGAGCAGAGACAUCCCCUCCUUGUGCAGCUGCAGAGCCUGAUCCGAGCAGCAAAUCCUGCUGUUUCCUUCAUCCUGGCAGAGAAUGGAAUUGUAACAAGGAAUGAGGAUAUUGAAUUAAUUCUCUCAGAAAGCAGUUUUUCAAGUCCUCAGAUGAUGAGAGCUCGAUAUUUAAUGUACCCUGGCUGGUACGAAGGCAAAUACGGGGCCGGGCCCGUGUUCCCCCCCAUGGUGCAGAUCUGUGUGUGGUUCAGCCGCCCCCUGGAGAAGACCCGAUUCGUGACCAAAUGCAAAGCCAUUAAGUCGUUGCUCAAGCCAAGCCCUUUUUCUGGGAACAUUUAUCACAUCAUGGGCAAAGUGAAGUUUUCAGACUCUGACAAAGUGAUUGAGGUCUGUCACAACACCUCGUCCAAUUCCCUGAGCCUGGUGCCUGUCCAGGAGGGGCCAACUCCUCCUGACUCCAGAAAUGAUCCCAGAGACUGCAGCAGUCAACAGGAAUACUUCCUUGUGUUCAUUGGCUGCUCCCUGAAGGAAGAGGAUAUCAAAGAUUGGCUCAGAGAAACUGCAAAACAGAAACCUCAGAGGAAAGCCCUGAAAACCAGAGGAAUGUUGACCCUUCAGGAAAUAAAGAACAUUCACGUGAAACGUCACUUGGAUCCGCUCCCAGCUGGUUAUUUUUACAACGGGACUCAAUUUGUGAAUUUCUUUGGUGACAAAAUGGAUUUUCAUCCCUUAAUGGACCAAUUCAUGAACGAUUACCUGGAAGAAGCCAACAGGGAGAUCGAGAAGUACAACAGGGAGCUGGAGGAGCAGGAGUACCACGACCUCUUUGAGCAGAAGACAUAAAGCACGUGGGUCCUGGGGGUUUCCAAACCACCCAAAAUGCUCUUUGUCCUCGCUGGGUCACUAGAAAUUGAGGGAAUUGUCUGUUUGUUCAGCACUCCUUUCCAAACUAAGAGAUCAUUCCUGUAAGGUUGGCGUUUAACACGGGAUCUGCUUAGCUGUGUGUCCUGUCAGGUUUGCUUCCACUUCACCUUAAUUCCAGACUGUCCAAAGCAUCACCUGGAUUCUCUGGGGGGGGGUUGUGGGGACUUGUUCAAAAGAAGAACGAGAAGAAGAAGAAGAAGAAGAAAAAGAAAAAGAAGCAAAACUUUAUUUAUUUCCUGUAGUUGGGAAUGUAAUCGUGGAAUUGGGCUUUGUGCAGAGAAUCAAACUGCUCUGGGUGUCCCUUGGAAUUUGUGGCACAGGAGCAUCGAUGAGCAGUGCUGGAUAUCAGGAUGUGGGAUUGGGGGUGUUCCCAAAGCCAGAAAUGGGGGAACACUUACUCAGAAAAGUCCCUAAUCCCACAGCUGUGGGGUGUUCCCAAAGCGAGAAAUGGGGGAACACUGGGAAGAACUCUGAAGAGUCCCCAAUCCCACAGCUUUUAGGAUGUUCCCAAAGUGAGAAAUGGGGGAAUGAUUCAAAAACUUAGGAUCUGUAAAUCUGCAGCUGCCAGGAUAUUCCCAAAGUGAGAAAAGAGGGAACAGUUACUCAAAAAAGACCCUAAUCCCACAGCUGUCAGGGUGUUCCCAAAGGGAAAAAUGGGGGAAUAAUUAAAGAAUUUAGAAUAAUAACUAAUCCCACUGCUUUUGAGUGUUCCCAAAGUGAGAAAUGGGGGAACAAUGGGAAGAACUCUGAAGAGUCCCCAAUCCCACUGCUCUUGGAGUGUUCCCAAAGCGAGAAAUGGGGGAACAUUUCAAAAACUCAGAAUUCCUAAACCUGCAGCUGUUGGGGCGUUCCCAAAGUGAGAAAAAGGGGAAUGAUUCAAAAAUUUGGAAUCCCUAAAUCUGCAGGUGUGUCAGGGUGUUCCCAAAGCGAGAAAUGGGGGAACAGUUACUUGAAAAAGUCCCUAAUCCUGCAGGUUUUAGGGUGUUCCCAAAGCAAGAAAUGGGGGAGCGAUUCAGAAACUUGGAAUCCCUAAAUCUGCAGCUGUGGGGAUGUUCCCAAAGUGAGAAAUGGGGGAACAGUGGGAAAAACGUGGAAGAGUCCCCAGUCCCACAGCUGUCAGGGUGUUCCCAAAGCGGGAAAUUGGGGAACACUUCCUUGAAAGGAUCUCCUUGUCCCACAGCUGUGGGGUGUUCCCAAAGCGAGAAAUGGGGGAACAUUGGGAAGAACUCUGAAGAGUCCCCAAUCCCACAGCUAUUGGAAUGUUCCCAAAAUGAGAAAGGGGAGAGCAAUGGGAAAAAUGCAGAAGAGUCCCUGAUCCCACAGCUUUUAGGUUGUUCCCAAAGUGAGAAAUGGGGGAACGGUGGGAAGACACAGAAGAGUCCCCAGUCCCACAGCUGGCAGGAUGUUCCCAAAGCAAGAAGUGGGGGAACAUUUGAAAAUUCAGAAUUCCUAAUCCCACAGGUGUCAGGGUGUUCCCAAAGCAAGAGAUUGGGGAACAGUUGAAACAUUUCUAUAGAAGAGUCCCUAAACCUGCAGCUGUCGGGCUGUUCCCAAAGCGAGAAAUGGGGGAACAAUGGGAAGGACUCUGCAGAGUCCCCAAUCCCACAGCUGUCAGGGGGAGAAAUGGGGCAAUAACUAAAAAGUUUAGAAGAAUAACUAAUCCCACAGCUGUUGGGGUUGUUCCCAAAGCGAGAGAUGGGGGAACAUUUAAAACCUCAGAAUUCCUAAUCCCACAGCUGUCAGGGUGUUCCCAAACUGGGAAAUGAGGGAACAGUUACUCAGAAGAAUCCCUAAUCCCACAGCUUUUAGGUUGUUCCUAAAGCAAGAAAUGAAGGAACAAUUCAAAAACUUAGAAACCCUAAAUCUGCAGCUGUGGGGAUGUUCCCAAAGCAAGAAAUGGGGGAAUGAUUCAAAAACUUAGAAACCCUAAAUCUACAGCUGUCAGUAUGUUCCCAAAGCGAGAAAUGGGGGAACAGUGGGAAAAAGACAUAAGAGUCCCCAAUCCCACAGCUGGUAGGGUGUUCCCAAAGCGAGAGAAAUAGGGGAAUGUUUUAAAAAUUCCUAAGCCUACAGCUGUUGGGGUGUUCCCAAAGCGAGAGAUGGGGGAACAUUUGAAAACUCAGAAUUCCUAAUCCCACAGCUGGUAGGAUGUUCCCAAAGCGAGAAAUGGGGGAACAAUUCAAAAACUUGGAAUCCCUAAACCUACAGCUGUGGGGAUGUUCCCAAAGCGAGAAAUGGGGGAACAGUGGGAAAAACGUGGAAGAGUCCCCAGUCCCACAGCUGUCAGGGUGUUCCCAAAGCGGGAAAUAGGGGAACAAUGGGAAGAACUCGGAAGAGUCCCCAGUCCCACGGCUUUUAGGUUGUUCCCAAAACGAGAAAUGGGGGAACAGUGGGAAAAACCCAGAAGAGUCCCUAAUCCCAGAGCUGUGGGGUGUUCCCAGAGUGAGAAAUGGGGGGAACACUUACUCAGCAGAGUCCCCAGUCCCACAGCUGUGGGAUGUUCCCAAAGCAAGAAAUGAGGGAACAUUGGGAAAAAUAUAGACGAGUCCCCAGUCCCACAGCUGUCAGGAUGUUCCCGAAGCGAGAAAUGGGGGAACAUUUUAAAAAUUCCUAAACCUUCAGCUGUGGGGAUGUUCCCAAAGCGAGAAAUGGGGGAACAGUGGGAAAAACGUGGAAGAGUCCCCAAUCCCACAGCUGUUAGGGUGUUCCCAAAGUGAGAAAUGGGGGAACAUUUUAAAAAUUCCUAAACCUACAGCUGUGGGGAUGUUCCCAAAGCGAGAGACUGGGGAACACUCACUCAGAAAAGCCCCCAGUCCCACAGCUGUGGGGUGUUCCCAAAGCGAGAAGUGAAGGAACACUCCAGCCCUGCCCAGCCCUCGGAGGUCUCACCCUCUGCACAGUUUGAUCUGCACUCGAAAUUCCGACUUUUCUAAAGGAAAGGGUUUUAUACAUUUCGGGGGGGAGGGAAAUCGGUGGAGAAAUCCCAAUUUCUUCCCAGUGCUCUUUUUGGGGUUCCAGGAAAUAUUCCAUGGCCGGGCUGCAUCCGCACCUCGCUGCUGCUUAUUCCAGUCCUUAUAAGCAAGGCGAGGGAAGAGGGAGAUCCUUUAGCUGAAGGAUUCCUUUUCCUGGAAAACACUGAUUUCCAAAGGUAAAAAAUAGGAAAGGAUGGACUUGAAACAGGGAGGAAGUUUUUCGUGGGGCUUCCAGAAGGAUUUGAUGUAAACCAAGUUUUAUAGUUCCUAAAUGCUACGACAGGAAUGUUGGCGGCUUGUCCUAACUUAGCUCAGUUUAAUUUUAAGUCAGGCCUUUGUAAAUCACUGACUGAAGGUUUAUAAAGUACCUCAGCAGCUACUUAAUUGCAGGUAUUAAUUAGUGGAUCUUAUUGGAAUAAGCAGAUGGUGUGGUCAGAAUUUAGGUGGGAAGAGCCCAGGAAGGGUUUUUUAUUUUCAUAGUCCUGCCCCUGAGGGACAGUUCAGUCUUUUAAUACAACUGUAACUUUUAUUUUUUUUGGUCAGAUCUGUGUAAACCAGUGAGAAACAGACUGAAAAAUCUCUUAAAGUGUUUAAAAUACUUACAAAGUGUCUGCACAAUCUCGUUCCGUGGCAGGAAAAUGAGAUUUAACCAUCCAACCUAAGGCUGAUUCCAGUUUAUGCCUCGCUUAAGAGAUGGAUUUUUUUACCUUUGGAAUACGAGAUGGCUGAAAUUGCAAUAACCUGAAACGCCUUUCAGGUGGUUUCAGCCCUUUUAGGUGGUUUCACCCUGGAAUUCCAGGUGCUGCAGGCUGGGAUGGAGACGUUGCUAAGGUUUCAUUCCCAGUUUUCCCUCCCUAGAUUUAAAAAGCCGAAUUUAGGACUUUAUUAUUUUAAGGGUUUUUUUGCACACCACGAGACUUUAUAUAAACUCCUUGUGUCCUGUUAGAGGCCAGUAAAAGCCAGCAAUUAGUUUGUGUUUUAGGCUUCCCGGGAUAUUCCCUGGAUCCCAGGGGUGGAGCAUCCUGAGAAGGCUCGUGAGUUUAUCUAUGCAUGGCUGAACUUUAUAGUCUUAAUAUCCUGUAGUGCCUGUAGAGCAAAGGUAGCAAAGCAGUGGAUUUAGGGGGGGAGGGAGGGGGCUGGCAGGUGUUCACAGCUAAAACAGAUGGAAUGAUUGAUUCCAGAAUUCCUGGAGUUAUCCAAUCCUGGCUGCAAUAAAAAAGGGGGCGUUAGGGAAUCGAAAUCAAAUGAAGAGUUUGUGUCGCCGAUAAAACUCCUCGACCUGCUCCUUUCCAGCCCCGGUUGUCUCAUCUGCAAAGCCAUAUUUCUAGAGUUAGUGGGAUGACUGUGUAAUGUCAGAAGAAAUUCCAGAGGUUGGGACUUUGUGGUGGAGGCUUUGUCUCGACUCCUGAGUAAAAAAAAAAAAGAGUAGAUUUAAGUGCAAUUGUUUGAAAAAUAGAUGAAGAUGCUGUAGCUGCUGGGGUUCUGCUGAACUCUUUUUAAGAACUCCAAUUUGUGCAAGCUCUCAAAUCCAUGCUGAUGGGGCUGAUCCAAGCUGGGAUUCCAAAGCCCUGUGAACAAAAAAAGAAAAAGAAGAAAAGGAAAUAAAUAUUGAAAAUUGGGCGGUUUUACUGUGCAAAUUGAGCUGUUCCUUAAAAACUGGAGCAGGAGAGCUCGGAAUAAAGGCCUAGUAUCCUUCUCUGCUGUGCUGCAUGUUCAUGGUCAUAGCUGUGUAUUUACAAAAAAAAAAAAAGACCUUUCACCAGACUGGGAAAUGGCUCAAUUCAUGUAUUUUUGGUAUUGAAAGAAAUUACCUCAAUUUUUUACUUUUUAUUUUUUUUUUGAACUGUGACUUUUCAACCAGAAUUUCAAACAAACAAAAAAAAAAUACCGAAAUAGUGAAACUGUGACAGUUGGUAUCCUUGAAAAACGUUGUAGUGCCUUGGAGUGACACCAUUUAUUCCCCAAAUAAAUGAGUGUCGGGGGGGGAGGGGGUCAAAUCCCCCCCUAUUUUUUUUUUUAAAGAAAAACAGUUUUGGUGAAAGGACUUAAAUUAUUUAACCUAGUGACAGAUAUAUAGCACAACUGGUUAAACUGUUGAAAAGAAAACUCUUUGAGGACUAAAAAUGUGUCAAUGCCUGAUGCUGCUGAUAUUUGAGAGCGGCUGCUGGUUGUUGGGGAGUUAUUUCUGAACAAUCAGCAGAGCUUUUGUGGUUUUUUUUAUAGAAAAGUGUAACUUUUGUACUCUGGUCAGAGCUGUUUGUACUGUAUCGACCCCCAGCCAAGGGGGAAUCUGAUUCCUCCCUCUCUGGAAGUGGAGGGGAGGAUGGAGCAACUCCCAAGGAUCUAAUUUUUGAAUAUUUUUAGCUACUGUACAACUUAAAAAAACCAAAACAACAACAACAAAAAAAGCACCAUUUGAACCCACCAAUGUUUGGAUACAGCAAAAGUGCCAUUACACUUCCUUUCUCUUUUAAUGUGUCGGGAAAAUUUGUGUCCAGGCAUUUUUUUUGUGAUCCUGGGGGAAAAAAAAAAAUGUGCUGAGAGUCCUCAAGGGGUUUCCACGCUUCGCUGAUCUCCACGUGAGCAGCUUGUGGUGGUGUUUUUUUAUUUCUUUCUCCUCACCAGGAAUGAGUGUGAUCAGAAGUUACUGAAGUUAUAGGGAGAAAAAUAAAUAAAUAAAUAAAUAAAAAUGUGAGAAACUUAGGAGAGGAACCUUUGCAGCUUGAGCUGCUCUGCAAUCCGGGAGUAUUCGAUAUUAAUCCGUGCAAUUUGGUAUUUAAUCCACUUUUUUUUACACUUUGCAUUAACACAACCGGUUGCAGGGGGGAGUUGAGCUGUGUUUUAAGUUCCCUCAUAAGUUGGUUUUUUUUUGUUUUGUUUUGCUUGGUUUUUUUUUUAAUUAUCGUUAUUUUUUAACGGAAAACUUGUCUGAAUUUGCACAGAAAAUUUAAGCUCUGGAAUACUUUGGUAUUUCUGAAAAAGGGAAAAGAAAAAAAAAAAAAGUUGUGGCUAGUAUAGUGAAUUGUGUAAACUGUGAGUUGGUAGAACCACGUGGUCGAUCUUAAUCGUAGAUUGUUCAAGAUGUACCUCAGAAAGCUCUUUGGUUUUUUUCCACAGCACUCAGAUGUAACACUUCUCACUUGACAACGUGCCAAAAUUCACUUUUAUACUAGUUCUCAAUGCUUUAAUAUUUGCAACUUUAAGUUAAAAAACAACAAAAACCCCCCACGUGUUCUUUACCAACACUACUGUAACUUCAGUUCAGCUGAAUGGUGUGAUUGAAGCUUUUUGCCUCUCGUAUUUAUUACACAACUUUGAGUCAGUAAAAGAUAAAAUUUGACCUUUCCAUUUAUUUUUGUAUUGUUUUACAUGUUUAUACCUUGCAGUUUGUGUGACUUUUACACCUGUAACUCAGAUGUGAUGGAAAGAACCAAUAAACAGUAUCCAUCCAC